CAUGAGAAGCACUUCCGUGCAUGCGCAGUGGGAGUAAUUGGUCCCGGUCGGCGGGUCAGUGCCCGGGAAGCGGCCGAGAAGGAGAGGAGAGGACAGGAGGCGGCUGCAGGAACAAGAUGGCGGACACCAGCCGGCCGCAGCGGAAGAUGUCACGGGCUGGGGAGAGCUUAUACUGUGUCCUGGGGCUGGAAAAGGGGGCUUCCUCAGAAGACAUCAAGAAGGCAUACAGGAAACUGGCUCUGAAGUACCACCCGGAUAAGAACCCCGAGAACCCCGAAGCGGCAGAGAAGUUCAAGGAGAUCAACAGCGCCAACACGACCCUCAGCGACGAGAACAAGCGCCGGAUCUAUGACGAGUAUGGCUCGAUGGGCCUCUACAUCUCUGAGCAGUUUGGGGAGGAGAGCGUCAAGUACUACUUCCUCAUGUCCAAGUGGUGGUUCAAGCCGCUGAUGGUGUGCUGCAGCUUCCUUACGUGCUGCUGUUGCUGCUGCUGCUGCUGCUUCUGUUGUGGGAAGUGCCGUCCACCUGAGGACGAGGAGCCCUACAAGUACGUCAACCCUGAAGACCUGGAGGCCCAGAUCCGUGCUGAGGAUGAAGAUUUCCAGCUGCCGGUCACAGCACAGCCCUCCCCUUCUGCAUCCAUUCCAGAGAACACCCCCUCAGGGCCAGAUGGCCAAGUAAGGCCUGCCGUUGGACUCCGGGCAGAGGACACCCCUGGAACUGCGAUGCACCGGAGUUCUCACAAAACAUGGGGGGUCUGAACCCCGCACCCCUCCCAGCGUCAUCAUGGAUCUUCUCAGGGGACACAGCCAAAGGCUUGCUCAAUGCUGGCAGAGGAGGAGGAUCAGCACUGGAGCCACCCUCCUUCCCUCUGAUGGAAAGCCAAGGACUUUUGGGCACGCCCUCCCUUCCCCAGAGGAUGGGCCCAGUGGCCACUUGGCCGGCUGUCCUUCAGUUCAGGAAUGGAAGAGGGGGAAAUGGAGGAAGGCUGGGGAGGGGGGGUUGACAAUCAGCAGCCCCUUGGUGUUCCUCCUUCCCACCCUCACCUGUGGCCAAAGUAUCCUGUCACUCUAGGCGGGGCGGUCCCAGGCCCCAGUGCGGGGGUUUGCUGGGGAAGGCGAUGCUGGGCUCUCUGCCACUGUGCCAGGCGGGGCAAACACCUGCCUUGCCUGUUCCGGGGAGCUGGGACAGCUCUGCUGUCCUGUGCGUUGGUGCCAAAUUGCAUUUGAGGGUGGGGGGGCAGGGCUGUAGCCCCCCUCCCUCCCUGGUGACUUUGGAGGCUCUCUCUGCCUCUGACGCUCUCCAGCUGCUGCUCGAGUGCCUUUGGUCACUGAGUGGGAGCCUGGCCCCUCCAGCUCCCUCCCCUUGCCCCCUUUGUGGGGGGCAGGGCCUUUCUCAGCACUGUGACCAGGCCUUUGCUUGGGGCUUUAUCGACACCAUUAAAUGUUUCUGAAGGAGGGAGGCACUUUUCUGCAGCCAGGCCGGCCUCCAGCCUGUCUGUCUGCCUUUUUCACAAGACUACAACCCAAAGGGACCUUUGCCUAGCGCAGCGCAGCGCAAUGCUGGACGACGCAGCAAGGGACUUUUCUCUCUCUCACACACACACACACACAGAGCUUUGACGUUGGGAUUCCCUCCCUCGGGCGGAGGCGGUAGAGUCCCCAGGCAGCUCAGGUUGUGUUCGCCCGCUGGCUGCCAGCCUGGUGUCGCCGCCUUCCUCGGAGGCUGGCCAGUCCAGCUGCUCGGCCCCCUAACUCCUCCCUCCGUAACAGCAGGGGCUUGGUUCCCGGCCGUGCUUGCAAAGGGCUUAGGAGAGGGAGGGGGCGCAGUGGAAGAGACAGGCAGGCAGAAGGGCCGCAGGCUCAAUCCUUGCCAUGGCUGCCCAUUUGACCAGCCAAGUAAUUUUAGAGCAUUGAUUUAAUUAGGGUAAUAAAAAAGUACUUCAAUCAUCAA